AUGGAUAUGCAAACUCGUGCUGGUGCAAAGGCUGGAGGAGGAGGAAUUGCUACCCAAGCUAUGCUGAAUGCUGAAAGAAGGGAACGCCAACGGCGUCUUGCUAUAGAAACGAUGGAUAUCACAAAAGAUCCGUAUUUUAUGAAAAAUCAUAUAGGUACCUAUGAAUGCAGACUGUGUUUAACUCUUCAUACCAACGAAGGCUCGUAUUUAGCACAUACACAAGGAAAGAAGCAUCAAACAAACUUGCAAAGGAAGAAGAUGAAGGAUGGAAAAGAUGUCACUGUAUUUCCACAGCAAAAGCCUAGAGUAUUUCCAAAGCGAAUUAUUAAAAUUGGGAGGCCUGGAUACCGCGUAACAAAGCAAAAAGAUCCAGUCACUGGGCAGAAAUCGUUAGUUUUUGAAGUAGAUUAUCCUGAAAUUGAUCCAAAUAUUCGCCCGAGACAUAGAAUAAUGUCAUGCUAUGAGCAGACAAGAGAGCCUGUUGAUGAUCGGUAUCAAUAUGUCUUGUUCGCUGCUGACCCCUAUGAAAUUAUUGCAUUUAAAGUCCCAAAUAUGAAGGUUGACUCUGCUGAAGGAAAAUACUACUGUAAUUGGGAUGAAAUAAAAAAAGUCUAUGUAGUCAUGCUUUCCUUUAAAAAUUCUUAA